CAGUUCAGACUCCAUAUUAAGUAAGGGAAAGAAGGUUUAGAGUUUAUAUCCAGCUGAUGCUUCUCAGUGAGUUGUCGUGAUCGUGACAUACAACAGCAGGAUAAAGUGACUGUAUUGAGUGUGUCGGACUUGGAGUUGACUGGAACACGAGGUAUAACGCAGCCAGAUUGAUCACUAGAAUGUCACGUAUUGUGUGGGUGGUCACUCUCACCACUCUGUUUUUGGGUGUGGUGUGGGCAGAUUUUCAUCCAAUUGAUGUAGAACCUGUUAUGAAGAAGGAACAACCAGAUUUUGAGGAUGACACUGGUAAUGGAGCAGUCGUUCACAGUGGCAGCGGCGACAGGUUCCCCAACUCUUCACAUGACACACAGGACAAGAAAGAUGCAUCAGAUGUUAAUUUCCUGAAUGCCUUUAUUGCUGCCCUGAGUAUGAUCAUAGUAACAGAAUUGGGCGAUAAAACAUUCUUUAUUGCUGCCAUCAUGGCAAUGAACCACCCAAGAGUGACAGUGUUUUCUGGAGCUAUGUUUGCAUUGGCUAUAAUGCACAUGUUAUCAGCUAUGUUUGGCUAUGUCAUAACAUGGAUACCUCGUGUGUACACGUUUUAUGCUUCAAGUGUCCUUUUUGCCAUCUUUGGAUUAAAAAUGCUGAGAGAAGGAUGGAAAAUGAAACCAGAUGAAGGACAAGAAGAACUUGAAGAGGUGCAGUCAGAUUUAAGACGCAGGGAAGAUGAUUAUCGACAUGGAUCUGUAGAGGAAGGUGCUGUAACAUACUCAGCGGAUUCUGUGAAUGGUGAUGAAGCAGUGUAUACACCAGAUUCUCGGGAAAGUGGUGAAGCAAUGUGCAAGCAGGAUUCUAAAGAAGGUGAAGUAGCGCACAAACGGGAUGCUAAAGAUGAAAGUGAAGUUGUGCUCAAACAAGAAUCUCCAAAGGAUGGUGAAGUAAUGUUUCCAAGGGAAGGACGCUCGUUAGAAGAAAGUGGAGCUGGGUCGCGACGAGGAGGACGCAAACGUGUGUUUGUAUUGCAGUCUCGCAUCUUCCUUCAGGCCUUUACUAUGACAUUCUUAGCUGAAUGGGGUGAUCGUUCCCAGAUUGCUACUGUUGUCAUGGCAGCAAGAGAAGAUGUAAGUGGUGUAAUUGUUGGUGGACUGCUGGGUCAUUUCUUAUGCACAGGACUUGCCGUAGUUGGUGGUCGUAUAAUUGCUGCUAGAAUAUCUAUCAGAACAGUGACCAUCAUAGGUGGCAUAACCUUCCUGAUAUUUGCUGCGUCUGCACUAAUAAUAGGUCCCUGAAGAAUUAUGCUCACAAAUCAUGCCACAUAGGUUGUAUGAUAUUUGUUCUCAUAGACUAUAAUAGAUUAUAAAAUUGUAAUGUCUGCGGUGUGUGAUAGUGUAAUCUUUAACCUCUUCUUUACCUCACACCAAAACAGUGGCACAGUAAGGCCUCACUGAACGAGUAAUCGAUGAAUGAGAGUUCAGUUUACCAAACUUUGUGCUACAGGGUAUGAAAAAUUCAAUGAAUUAACUUGUAUUUGAUUUAACAAACAAAAUUUCUAGUGAAUCAAUUGAAGAUUGGAGCUAGUCAUGUUUUGUCAUUGGUUGAGCAGCCAGCCAGGCUACUGCUCGGACUAAAUUUUUAUACUUUGAGGUGAGGUAGGUGGCAGGCUGACCCACCCUGGCUAGCCAGUGAGCCUAGACAACUUGGCGGUGUUUCUUUAUCAUCGCGUUCAACCAGCAAUGUUAGGCCAACACAAGCAGCAGUCAUCUUUAGCCCUGGUAAGUACUGUAUUGUACAAACAAAAUGUUUAAAUUGUGUUAGGUUAGGAUUUAGGGUAGAAAUUCUUUGGGGUUUUGGACAAAGUUUUUUUGGUUGGAACAUAUUUCAGCUCUGAACAUGGGAUCCUAUGGAAAAGGUUCCCAUUUAAUGAGAAUUCACUUUACAAGCACUUUUUCAUUAUUACACAUUGCUCACUAAGCAGGACUUUACUGUGCUCAUACAUCGUUGGGUGUGGUAUACAUGUACUGCAGUUUUGGCUUGCAGUAAAGAUGGGGUAGAGGGUAAUGUGGCUUAAGAGCUUAGUAAUAUAAAGGUCAUUGAUUACUGUUGUGUGAGAUACAGUAUAUAUUUAUUUUUUAAUGGUGAUAAAACCAACUACAGGUAGUGACAGGUAUAUGAGAUGUAUUUGUUUUUUCUAAUGCUGAAAGGUUUUGAAAAUUUGGUGAAGUAAGUUAUUUUACAUAACCUUUUGGUUACUUGAAUGCUACCUGAACACAAGAUAUAACACUAGCAGAUUGUAGCUAAUAAGUAUGAUUGGUUUGGUAUUUGUUUACAUAUUGUUACACUUGUUGACCUUUAUUUUUUUUAUCUUGAGUAUGUUUCUACCCAUAAUAGCUGUGAGAAUAGGUUAAGUGUUUGUGAAUUCUCGUGGUUUUGUUGCAAUUUGUAAUUGCCGUUAGCCAUGCCGUUGUGUUCACCACAAUAGUGUAAUGGACACUGAUCCAUAGUACUGAAGAUAACACAGUAGAUUAAAAGAUGUAUGCUUUAUGUAGAUGAAUUUUUUAUACCAAUGUUUUUAGGUUCAAUUUAUUAGUAUAAUUUAUUAAAAUAUAUCACAAAAUGUAAAUACUCUCAAACUCCAGCCAGUGAAAAGAAUGUGAGGAUCAGUCUACAUAGGAGUUUAUGCUUUCUUGGAUUUCAUAUACAGGUACUGUAUUUGUUAAUAUGGUUGUAAGCCUGUACAGUACAGCAUAGAUAUGAUUAAAAGAUAUUUUACACUAUUUACAAGAUUUAAUAUCUUUUAUUGAAAUGUAAAUAAUGACACACACUAGAUGGGUGUAGUUCAUGUAUUAACCUCUCAUCAGGAAUUCAAUUUGGCAGUUUCUAUAUAAUUUUUGCACAAUAAUCACUAUUUAGAUGAAUAUUAUUAAUGAAUUACUCCUGAUGAUAACAGAUGUUCUAGCUUUUUAAUUUAUUUCCGUAGUCUUUGAAUUGUACUUUACAUUUGUUGAAUAAGAAAGUUUUGCAUAUUUUUGUUCAACAAGAAAAUUCUCAUGGAAGAUAUAUAGAUAGAUGCCAGGUAGAAGUAUUUUUUAAAUUUUAUUGUUACUAUUAUUAUCACAGUAUUAUUUUCUGAUAAUUUUAUUUAUUUAUUUGCUUAUAUAGCUCUUUCCUUUAAUAGAGUUUAAAAGUCAAUACUACCAUGUAGGAAGUUUCCCACAGUUCAUCAGGUUAGGUUUUUCAACAUUUCCUCCAAACACAAGAAUGUUGGUACAUUCCUGUAUAUUCCUCCAUGGCCAUACAUCAUACGUGCCCAAAAUCACUUCUUCCUAUUGCCAUAUACCUUACGCACACACACAUUCAUACAAUUCCAUGUCCAUGAAUUUGGGUAGCCAUAUCACCUGAUGAGUUUUUAUACUUGUUCUGUGUUUCACUUACAUAGUUAUAGCCAUACCACUUGGGUACUUUCUCCAUAGGAUAUAAAAUUCCAUGUUAACUGACUAACCACCUUGGUACUACACAGGUUAUUUGGUAAACCACUCACUGUGCAAUAUUGUAUCCUUUCAGUGCCCUUAUUCUUCAGUAACAGUAUUCUUUCUUACAAUUUCAUAUUCUGUUGUUAUAUAAGAUUAAUUUUAUAUAUGUUAGUGUAGGGUAGUGUUUACCUGCCAUAGAAAUAAUCACACCAGAAGACUGAAAAUUCUCAGGUUUCAGCAAGUAAGUUGUCUGAACCAAAAUAAUUUAAAAUCUUUUGUAUAAUGUCUGUAAUGCAGAGAUUACUCUAACCCAGUAAUCUUUCACCAGAUUGUAGAUGAAACAGAUCCCGGUCUUGAAUAGGUCCAAACUAAACCAUUUGGAUUGGGGCCCCAUUAAGGCUUGAUCUCACAGAGAUUGGGAUUUAUUAGGACAAGUGCCCACUAGGGUCGGGUAUCGCUAGCAGCACUACAUUUUUUCAUUAGGCAUGGGGAUUAACCAGCUAUCCCUAAAUAACACCUUUCAUUACCAGUGGUGUACUAUGUUAAACCAUCUUUCCUUUAGGUCCUUUCCUGUUAUAAUGCAGGAUGGCUGGAAUCAAGAGCAAAACACACAUUCAUUAGCUGUUAUUCACUCUUACUGCUAUAACAACUGUGUUCUUUUUUAUUUUCUUCAUCCAUAACAAGACAUUAUGUUAUAUGUUUGGUUUACCCCUCUCACUUGACACAACCUAGUACAGUAUCACCUAUCAGCAACAUAUCCAUCACUAAAAUCAACAUAACACUUUGCUCUCCAGGCUUUUGUUCAUACUGCUGUUUCUUUAACCCAUCUUCUCAUUAUGUUGUUAUAUACAAUAUUUUUACCUACCUGCCACUUACCCUUCGCUGACUUCAGUAAACCCUUGUUGAUAUGUGAUUUUGUACUUCCACACCAAAAAGUAAUGUUUACACUUAUUGGCCAUGUAAUCCUGCAUCUCUGAAAAGGCUUAUAUGGCAGUUGCUAUGAAUUGAGAUGUCUUCCUUUUAGAAGUCUUCUUGUACAGUAUUUUAAAAUGAAAUUCAUUUAUAAUAAAUACUGUGCUAUGUACAGAAUUGUAAUGUAGGAUUAUAGUAUAAAUAUGUUUAUCUCCAACAAACAAUUACCAGUACACUACCAUCAAGACCACAUCAAACCAUCACACCAAACAAGUCUUCAACUCACAACCACCAACAAACCAAUGUCACCACCAGGACCCAUGCCUCACCAUCACACUACCAACAUGACCACAUCACCACCAGAACCCACAACUCCCCAUCAUACCACAGCACAUUACCAUCAUGACCACAUCACCACCAGGACCCAUACCUCCUCGUCACACCACAACACACUACCAUCAUGACUACAUCCUACCAUCACCUCCAAACCAUUUGUUCAUGUGGUAUGCAACAUGACUAGUGUGGGGUCCCUGCCUGCCUUCAGUUGUUCACUUGUUAAUUUAAAAGUUGUUAGUGAAUGUAUUCAAUUAGGGAAGAGGCUUAGUGUAAUUAUCAUGCUGUUUUGGUUACUAUAUUUUGCUUUAGCAAAUUUCAGAACGUAAGGGCAGCAGUUUGGUAAAUGUAGUGUUCAUUCUCACCAUAUUUGACCAAAUUCUCGUACAGUGUGUCUCAUCAUCAUCACCGCCGCCAUUUCCAUACUAGCCUGGGUUAGGUGUUAAAGCAAAAAAGUAAAAGAAUCGACUGUAGGUCAGAGAUGUGUUGUAUAUCUAGUACUGCUGCAAUUUUCUAACAAAUUUAUCAGAAAUUGUGAUGCGAGGCAGCAGCACAUGAAAAAUGGGAGUUGGUCACACUGCUGUGGCCAGCUUGCCUCAUGUCUUGUGCUUCUGGUUGUUGCACCUCACAACUGAUGAGUAACAGCAUGAUUUGGUAUACAGAAAUUGUCCCUUAUGAAGGUACCACGAGACAUAUAUUAACAAUCAGUGAAUACAUGAUCCAGACUUUUA